UUUCCUUCUCCAUCUAACCAAUCUACACUACCCCUCUCUCUCUCUCUCUAGCUAGAUCUAUAAAUAAGAUAUUUAUAUCUAUGUAUAAAGAACUAAAUUGAUUAUAAAAAUAGGAAGAUCUUCAAUCAGAAAAACCCUUUCCAAAAAUGGCAGCUAAACGGUUUUUCGGCGGCGAUGAGGAUCAACCUAACCAGAAACGGAUAAAAACUAGGCCGUCUUUUGCUUCUGUCAUAAAAGAAGUCGUUAUGGUGAAUUUCUUUGAGAAUUUCUGCUCAUCUUUGGAGCCAAUGCUUCGUAGAGUGGUGAGUGAAGAAGUGGAAAAUGGGCUGAAGCAGCGUUGCAUGGGCCCAAUCCAGCGCUCUCCCUCUCUCAAAAUGAUCCGCCACGGCCACGGCCACGACCCCGCCCUUCGCCUCGCCUUCGUCAAGAGGCUCAACCUCCCCAUCUUCACCGGCACCAAGAUCGUCGACAAGGAAGGCGGUCCCCUCCAGAUUGUGCUCACCGAUCACAACAAGGUCCCCACUUGUCUCGCGUACCCGAUCAAGGUGGAGAUCUUGGUCGUGGAUGGGGACUUCCACGCUGGAAAAGACGUGUGGAGCAGCGACGAGUUUUCAUCGAGCAUCGUGAAGGAGAGGGCCGGGAAGAGGCCGCUGCUGGCCGGGGAUCAGCUGUGCAUCACGAUGAGGGAUGGGGUUUGCUCCGUCGGAGAUGUGGAAUUCACCGACAAUUCAAGCUGGAUUCGGGGCAGGAAGUUCAGGCUCGCGGCGAGGGUGGUAUCGCAGCACGGCCAAGCUCAGCCGCAAAUCAUACAAGAGGCUGUCACCGAACCCUUCGUCGUUAAGGACCACCGUGGGGAAUUGUACAAGAAGCACCACCCUCCUGCCCUAGACGACGAAGUGUGGCGCCUUGAGAAGAUCGGAAAAUCGGGAGCUUUCCAUCAGAAACUCUCGUCUAAUGGAAUCAACACCGUUCAAGAUUUUCUCAAGCUAUACAUUGUUGAUUCUCCCAAACUUAAAAAGAUACUUGGAAAUGGGAUGUCGGAGAAAAUGUGGAAUGUGACUCUUAAGCAUGCUAAGAAUUGUGUGAUGGGCACCAAAGUGUAUAGAUGUCAUGGCAACAACUAUACUCUCAUUUUCAAUCCUAUUUGUCAACUCAUCCAGGCUGAGUUCAAUGGCAACGUCUACCACCAGUCUGACUUCAAGACUAUGCAAAUGGCUUAUAUUGAAAGCUUAGUGAAAGAUGCAUAUGCAAAAUGGAAUUCCUUAGAGGAAUUGGAUGGUAUCCCACUUUUAAACCAAGGUGAAAUGGUGGAGCAGUGUGGGAAUGAGCAGCAAUUAGUAUCAUAUUUUAGUGACAGUAGUUUAAUGCAGAGUGGUGUUGUUGAUGGAGAUUACUCGGAUAAUCAAUGGGGAUUAAUGAAUAAUAACACCAUUAAUUCUUGUACAUCCAAAGCUGGGGUUAGGUUUUUCUCAGAGUCAUCUUCUGAAGGAGAUAUUCCAUAAUUAGUUCAACAUGUAAUAAGUUACUGUAAAUAUAUGCUCUAAGCUUUUUUGUAUUUUAUUUCCACUAAAUCAGUAUUUGGGAUAUUCAUUUCUAGGUAUUAUGUAUGUAAACUGCAUAGAGAUUGAUGUAUAUAUAUUGACACUUAUUUUGUUUUAGUUAA